UGUCUAAGACUGAUGAGACUCAGCAAGUGAUGAGGCGUCGACAAAGGAUGCUAAAGCGGGCGAUUGUGUAAACUGGAUCUGUGACAAUAACGAUUUGAUAUUAACUUUAUCAACACCAGCCGCAGGAGGAGGAGGAGGACAUCGGUUUCAGCUCUUGAAUACAAAGCCCGGAUCUGUUCAGCAUCUUUCGGUGUUUUUGUUGGACCAGGCCCGCCCACACUCCGGAGCAUCUCUAGAAAAGCCGGGCGACAGCAGACAAUAAACCGCUGAUCAUCACACUGGAGGUACUCUGAAGUGAAAAGUGGCCUAACAGGCUGUUUUAAGCUGAACUGAUGUGGAUCAGAAGAGCAGGUUAACCACCGAUGCUCGAAGAUACCAUCUUCAGCGUUACAUAACAGUUUCCACCGGCCGUGAUGGACUUUCCAGGUCAUUUCCAGCACAUCUUCAAGCAGCUCAACCACCAGCGCCUCCAUGCUCAGCUGUGCGACUGUGUGGUGGUGGUUGGAGGUCAGACCUUCCAGGCUCACCGCUCCAUCCUGGCAGCCUGCAGCUCCCACUUCAGGGCUCUGCUCAGCUCCACGGAGGAGGUUGGAGAUCCAGGAGCUGACAGGGGCCCCAAUGUGAUGGAGUUAGACCCAGAGGUGGUGACCCCAGAGGCCUUCUCCACCCUGCUGGACAUGAUUUACACCUCCACCCUCUCUCUUAGGGCCUCUAAUGUGAUGGAUGUGCUGCUGGCGGCGUCGCAUCUCCACCUCAAUGCUGUGGUUAAAGCCUGCAAGCUCCAUCUGUCCAGGAGAAACUUCCCCUCCUCACCGCCUAAAGGAUGGAGGUCAGUGCAGCAGCAGCAGCAGCAGCAGCAGCAGCAGCAAAGUCCGUCUUCCCAGGCAGCAGCCAGUUCACAGCAACAGGUCACAUCAGCCAUGGAGGAGGAUGCUGAUAAAGAGGGAGUGGAGGUGAGUCAGUCUGGAGGGGAUGAAGACAGCGAGGUGCAGAGAGGAGCAUCAUCUGUGAGGCGUAAAAGAAAAUCACACGAGGACAAGCCCAGCGACAGGAAGAGAACCUGCAGGCUGCAUGGAGAAAACUACAAGGAGUGUUCACCCACUGUGACCAGGAGCACCGUGAGCACCAAGGAUGGAGAUCUGUUGUCCCCAGACUGCUUAAAGAUGACUGACAGACUCUGGGAAAACCAAGGAGAUGAUGAAGAGGAGGAGAAAUACGAAGCCACCAAAGGAGAGUCGGAGGAAAUCCAGCUGCCGAGCCAGUCGGACAGCAGCACAGGUGUAGGUGUGAGGGAGAGGGGUGAUGAUACAGAUGGAGACACUGUGGUCAAAGUAAAGGUGGGAGAAGAAGUAGAAGAACCUCAGGUGCCAGUGAUUGAGGUGAAAAAGGAAAAUCUGAGCUCGUAUUCCCCAGAUUUGGCCACUUUAGCAAAUAAUUCUCCUCCGUCUCCACUUGCAGACAAUUUGGAUGCACAGCUAAAUGAUGAGAAGAUGGUGACAGGCUCCCCAGCAGAGGGUGGUGUUAGCUCUUUACAGCUUUGCACAGAUCUUCACUCAGACACACAGAGAGAAGCUGCAGAUUUGGGUGAGGACUCAGUAGAUGGUGAAGGCCUGGACAGCCUGUCUGAUUUGGCCUUUUCCUGCUUCCUCAAUCCCAGUAGUGAAAGCGUGAUGGGGGCUCUGGAGGAAGAAGACAGUCUAGCGAGCCUCACAGCUGCUGCUACUGCUGCUGCCGCUGCUGCCAGUGAUGCUCCUGCAGCUCCUGAACCCACAGGUGAACAAAAAUCAGAGGAAGCAAACGCCUCUUCUGCCAACUCCUCCGAUUCUUCAUCUUCUCUUGUGUUUCCUGUAACUUCUGUCCCCUUGCAGCAGCUUUUCCCAACUCAGAGCCCUGGUUUUAGCGACACAAUCAUCCUCCAGCCCACCCAGAACUCACUGGCGGGGUUUUUGAGUGGGAUCAGACCAGGCCUCAGUCUGGAAGCCUCCCUCGUCCAACCCUCCAGGGCGGGGAAAAACGCAGGGACGACAACCUUUCGUCGCAUCGCCCCCAAAGUGCCGCCCGGAUCAGAAGCCGGGACAGAUUCCUCCUCUGGAUCAGUGGGAGAUGCCACUAAUCAAACACCUCUCACUAGAGCUUCAGAGGACGUUUUGUCCAAGUGCAAGAAAGCAGCUGCUCAGGACCACGUGCUGCUGGUGGAGGGAGAGAAGAAAUACGCCUGCAAAAUCUGCUGUAAGACCUUCAUGAACUUGACUGACUGUAAGAAGCACAUUCGUGUCCACACAGGAGAAAAGCCGUAUCCCUGUCCAAAGUGCGGCAAACGCUUCAGCCAGUCCUCCCAUCUGUACAAACACUCCAAGAACACGUGUCUAAACUGGAAAGAUGAUCAGUCCUUCCCAGACUCUCUGCUCUGACCUGUGGAUCUGGAUGAAGACACAACUUAACAUAACUUAUUUAUCAACAGAAAAACAACCAAUUCUUUUUUGUGUGAUAUGAAAUUAAAGUCUGUUUUCUUAUGUUUUUUUUCCUUUAGCUUUUUCUGUCUUCAACAUUGCUGUUUUAUUUUUAAUAUUCCAUAAAAUUAAACAUAAAAUGUAGUCAGAAUGAUCUCAAAGAAUGACCAUUGCACCUAAUGUGAUGACAAUAAAUUAUACUUUUGACCAUUUUUA